AUGUACCAGGGUGACAGCUACCUCACCUCAGACAAGGUAGUGACUUCAGUACCAACCCAAGAAAGCUCCUUGACAGUGCAGCUGCAAUGUGAGGAGUAUUCUUCCUACAUGGAGCUCUCAUUUGUAAAUGUUUACGUGUUAAGGAUGAGGGAUGAGGGGGGUGCAACCCCUGUGCCCCAAGGCUUUGGAGCUUUUGGUGAGAUUAUUCCAACAAAACUGCAGCUCUUUGAGUACAAACCUAUCACUUUUGACUGUGAGGGUUUUGAGGUGAAGACUGGAUGGACAGUCAUGAGGAAGACAAAUGGGAAAGUGAGCAAAUGUGUGAGUACCUGGGAGACAAAAAGACAGUCCAUCUGUGCCAUCAGCCCAACAUAUCAAGCAGACAGUGGAGAGUACUGGUGUGAGACGGCAGCAGGAGAGAAAAGCAACACAGUCAACAUCACCGUCACUGAUGGAGCCGUGAUCUUGGAGAGUCCUGUUCGUCCUGUCGUGGAGGGAGACAGUGUGCCUCUGAGAUGUAGAAGUAAAUUGACAUCCUCUGCCCACAUCGCAGAUUUCUAUAAAGACGGCGUUCUCAUUGGCAGCGGUUCAUUAGGAGAGAUUUCAAUCAAGGAUGUUUCUAAAUCACAUGAGGGAUUUUACAUGUGCAGCAUAUCUGACUACAGAGAAUCACCACAGAGCUGGCUGGCCGUCAGAGCAGCUCCCAGAGAGACUCACCCCUCCCCAGAUCACUCCUGUCACCUGUACCUGGUCCUACGAGCCGUAUUAACUGUUAUAAUGGUGGCUCUGCUGUUGCUGCUGGUGGGAUUACUGCAGUGUGGAAAAAUCAGAGUUACCCCUAAAUAUGUCUGUGAUGUUUGCAAAGGAAGCUGCCAGACUGAGAAAAGCACAGAAAUGAAUGAGAAACAACAAUGA